GCCGCGCGCGCCUCCCGCCGCGCGCCUUCCGAACAAGGCAGCAGCUCGCUCCGAGCAAGCUUGGCGGGUUUUGAGGGGGAGAGGGUUGGAAGGUCGCCUCUUUCUCCCCGCCCUUUCCCCAGGUAUGCCGAUAGUGCGCAUGCCCCGCGCUGGCUUGGGUGCGGUGGGUGUCCGCCCUCUCGCUCUGUCUGCGGGGAGGUGGAGCUGGAGAAACAGGUGUAAUUCUUGAGGAGGGAGACACAACAGGUUAGAGCUCAUCGGAGGAGCGGAGAUUUGAAAAUCUUAGUUAAUCACUCCAGAGUUUCCACUAUGUCAUCCAGACCAUUUGAAAGUCCUCCGCCUUAUCGACCUGAUGAAUUCAAACCUUCGCAUUAUGCUCCAAGCAAUAAUACAUAUGGUGGUGAAUUCCAUUCUCAGCCAAUGUUCUCUCAGCCUGCAUAUUCCUACUAUCCAGAAGAUGAAGUUCAACACUUCUACAAAUGGUCCUCCCCUCCAGGAAUAAUCAAGAUCAUGUCAGUUCUCAUAAUAGUGAUGUGCAUUGGCAUUUUUGCUUGUGUUGCAUCCACAUUGUCUUGGGACAUGGAGGCAUAUGGCGGUACUCUGGGAGGUGGUCUGGGAUACCCUUCCUAUGGAGGAACAGGUUUUGGAGGCAGCUAUGGUUACGGCUAUGGUAGCUUUGGAAGUGCUUAUGGCUAUGGAGGUGCCUAUGGCCUUGGAGGAAAUUAUAUUGACCCACGAGCAGCAAAAGGCUUCAUACUGGCAAUGGCAGCUUUUUGCUUUAUUGCUGGAUUGGUGGUUUUUGUAACGAACGUUACCAAGACUGGUAUGUCCAGGACAAGGAGGUAUUACCUCCUUCUAAUCAUAGGAAGUGCUAUCUUUCUCUUCUUUGUGUUCAUUGCGACCAUAGUAUAUGUACUGGCAGUAAACCCAAUGGCACAAGCUUCUGGAUCGAUGUUUUACAAUCAGAUUAAUGUGUUGUGCAGCCCAUAUUACUCAGCUACAAACACUGGAAUCCUCUGGAAUCAGUACUUAUAUCACUACUGUGUGGUGGAACCUCAGGAGGCUAUUGCCAUUGUAUUGGGCUUCCUUCUUGUUGCAGCUUUUGCCAUAAUAAUAUUUUUUGCGGUAAAGACCCGAAGUAAAAUGAAUCGCUACGGUAAAGUGAAUAUCCUGUGGGACAAUAUAAAAGCUUAUGAAGAGGCUCCCAAUGUAGAAGAGUGGGUGAAGACUGUAAAUGCGGAGCCAGUAGCACCUACACAAGUAGCUGACUAUCCAGAUCGAGUUGCCAGCUCUAUGGGUUACUCGGUUUCUGAUGCUCCUGCACAUCAGAUCCAUAAUGAGAAUAGCUACAGAGCUACUCCGAUACCUGAAGUUACUGUUCCCAUACCAAAGGACCUAAAGCAAUCUCAAUAUGCCAAUGCUAGCAGUUACAAUGGGUCAGCUAAAGAGCCAACACAAAAAAGAAGAGCAGGAAGAGGGAAGAGAGCAAACACUGACCACUAUGAUGCAGAUUAUACCACUGGAGGGGAGUCUUGUGAUGAACUGGAGGAGGACUGGGACAGAGAAUAUCCACCUGUAUCAUCAGAUCAGCAAAGGCAAACAUACAAGCGAGAUUUUGAUGUAGGUUUACAAGAAUACAAGCGGUUGCAAGCAGAGCUUGAUGAAAUCAGCAAAGAACUUUCUCGUCUUGAUAAAGAAUUAGAUGACUACAUUGAAGACAGUGAGGAAUAUAAGGCUGCUGCUGAAGAAUAUAACAGGCUGAAGGACAUAAAAGCAUCAGCAGACUAUAAGAACCGAAAAGCACACUGCAAGGUGCUCAAGAGUAAACUUUCACACAUCAAGAGAAUGGUCAGUGAUUAUGAUAGUCGGAAAUCAUAACAAGAAGAAAAUCAGUCUGCUUGCUUAAAUGUUAAUUUUCAUAAAUAUGGGAUGUGAUUGUGUUGGACCACAGACAAUGACAAGGAGAAAGAACCUUUGUUCAUUUUACUUCACCAUUAUAACAUUUGUGCCAUGUUUACUACGAAGUAUGAAAUUGGGCACUCAGUAUAUGGGGUCUGUUACAGUUUCACUGAGUCAAUGGAUUUUGUCAUUCAUUAUGUAAGGUUUGCCUUUUUAAUAUGUAGUGGGCAUGUUCCUGUCCUUUUUGUCUGUGAUGACUCAUGCUCCACUUCCCUCAGUGUGUCGCAUCUUAUUUUUAAAAGCAGUUAAUAAAUACUAUGUACCUUCUGCCCCCAAAAUAAUUCAGUUCUUUUUUAAAGAUUUAUUGCUAUGUUGCAUCUUUCCAAAUACCAUUCAUAAUGUGGGCUGGGUGCUUUAUCUGAAAGGUACAUUUAUUCAUUCUCAUGUUUUCAAAACAUAGCAACCAAUUUUCUUCUAAUUAAACCACUUGUGUCAGAAUAAUAGGAAUCAUGUUUUCAGAUGCAGCCAAUGGUGAUACUAUACUGAAUGAUCAACAAUGACAAUGUGAAACUAAAUGUAAAUAUAUCCUUUUUUAAAAUACCAGUUUGUAUUUUAGAUAGUCUUUUUAUUGUACAAAUGUACCUUUAAGUAACAAUGUUUGACUUGAAUGUCUUAUAUGGAUUGAAUUUGAGUUGUAUCUGAGUGUGUAGAAAUGAACAACUACACUUAGCUUGAUUCUUCUUAGUUGCCAAAGUCUUGACCACUCUAUAGUAAAACAGAUUUGCCAUGGCCAAAGAAGAAUGAAAACCAAAGUGGAGAUUAAUAUUUUUAGAAAAACAUGAAUGCUCCUUUUUAAAUGUUAUGAUGAUUAACAAAAGCACACAGACUCGUAUGAAAGCCCAGUGAAAGUCCAGAAGUUGGGUGUAUUUACUGAGAUCCAGUGCUGUCUUAGGCUGAUCCUUAGCACACUCAGCUCAAGUUCCAGUACUAAUGCAGUAGUCAUCAGUUCUCUUAGGCUGCAUGUUACCCCUUUUUCCCAAAGUGAAAGAACUCUUCAAGCUGGCUUUUUCUAUCAAGCCAUCGUUUAUGUUAAGUGACUGGUUAGCCACCCAGAUGGGCGACUAAGAAGUUCAAUAAAUAUAUAAAUAAAUAAAAUUAACCACAGCUUGUCAGUUCAGACAACAUGACAAGCUGUGAUUAAGCGAAACUGGAAACAGUAGCUUCCCAACUCUACCUCACAGCUGUGCUGGGUGAUGUUGGGGGAAGCAAGUGAACCAAAGUCUGGCUGUGUAAGUUCUCAUUACGCUAAACUACAUAAUAGGCAACUAUGGUGCCAUGAGAUUAGACAACAAUCAAUAUUGGCAUAUUAAGGCUAAAGUUUAAAAAUCUGAUUUCAUUAAGCAUCAUACACAAUUUCAAUUAUUUUGAUAUAUCAAUACAUAUAGUAGGCCAACCAAAAUGUCAUAAAAUCGUUUUCUUUUUUGUGACGCGGGUUGGCUUAAUAAAGGUAUUGCUCUAAUACGGAUUUUGAAUGUUUUUAAUGGGCACACAUGGCUACCUUUACUUUGAUAUAAUUAUUUUAACUCAGUUUUAAAUAGUUGUAUUGUCAUGAACAGUGCAAUUCUAAGCAUGUCUACUAAUGGAAUACACAUGGUCUCUAAUCUGAAUACAUUCCAUGAUCUUAACUAAAAGCAAAGGUGUUUUUGGUUAGAAAAAGCCACAGUUGCAGUCAACCAAUCUGACUCUGGCUGUGUUGUAGUUGUGCAGCCCUGUGGAUUCAAGCAAGGCUUUUGGUGUAUAGCAGUUGAAAAUGUCUGGCAGAAAGCACCCCAAAAUACAUACAAGAUUCUCUAGAUAAUGGACAAUGCUUGUAAAGAUUUUAAGAGACUCAAAGAAAAAUCAGCUUCCUUGAGUUUGGCAAAAGAAUGGAAGUUGUGCUUUUAACGUGUCUUAGCUGGAACAUAAUAACUGUACAUAAAGGCUGAUUUUAUUUUAUUUUUAUAAUAUGGCAUCAAUAAAAUUAUUACAACUCUUG